AUGGCGGGAGGCAAUGGUGGCAAUGGUGAAAAAGACGGACUUGUAACCCUCCACUAUCCGAUGUUGACAAAGACGAAUUAUGGAGCAUGGGCAAUCAAGAUGCGAGUGUACAUGUUGGCUCAAGGCAUCUGGGAUGCUGUAGAACCCAGAACCUCAAAUACCCUUGUUGAAUCAAAGAAAGAUAACAUGGAAUUGGCCGCCAUUUAUCAGGGUAUACCUGAAGAUCUACUGAUGGUUUUGGCGGAGAAGAAGACGGCCAAGGAAGCUUGGGACGCUCUCAAAACCAUGUACAUAGGAGCUGAUAGAGUGAAGGUUGCAAGGAUUCAAACGCUGAAGGUUGAGUUCGAAGCACUGUGCAUGACAGAAACGGAAAGUGUCGACGACUUCAUCGGAAAAGUAACCAACACUGUAAGUACACUUCACACUCUGGGAGAUAAGGUCGAUGAAUCUCAGGUGGUGAAGAAAUUGCUCAGAGCAGUGUCAUCCAAAUUCGUUCAAAUUGCUUCAACACUCGAACAAUUUGGGGAUUUGGAUGAUAUGUCCGUCGAAGAAGUGAUCGGAAGACUCAAAGCAUACGAAGAACGAAUGAAGAGUCGUGGCGAAAGCGAUGAACGAAAGCUUCUUUUAACGCACAAAGAAUGGUCUGAAAGAAGCAAGAAGAAAAUAGAGGGUGAUUCGAGACAAAAAUCGAAUCGUGGCCGUCAUGGAGGAUCACGGGGUGGUCGUGGCCGAGGAAGAGGUAGAAAUGGUGGCCGUGGAAGGGGAAAUUCACACCAUCAUAAAGAAGGAGGUCAAAUCUCAUCAAAUAAUCGAGAUAAAAGCGAGAUUCAGUGUUACAACUGCUAG